UAACUUGUGGCGGAACGUCAACCAUUCGAAGGUUUGACGGUAUUUCGUUUGUCCCACCUUCAUUGAAUGCAGCACGAGCGGCUCGCGAAGUCACGUGAGAUGCCGGCCUCAAAAACGCAGUGACGCGCUCGAGCUCCGUCACCGCGGCCGUGUCUGACAUCCAGCCCGGUCUCGGACUCCCGUCAGCCGCGAGUAAAGCCCACCGCGGUCGCUCCGAGGCGGACAAGAUGAACGGAAGGCGGCGCGCGGGCGGGGGGGCGGAGGUUUUGCUUUUCCCGCAGAUACGCGCGACCGGGAUGAGACCCGCUGGAUUCCAUUGUUAAGGGGGGGACCGUUCGAGCCUUUUCGCCCCCGUCGCUCUCUCCGCGUGCGGCUGCCGGGGCGAGAGCCUUCUCGCCGGUCAUCGCCGGUCUACGUUUUGGCAAAAGCAACUCGGUAAACAAGGGCGAGCGUCCGAGCGGCUCGCUUCGGGGGGCGGCGUUGUUUUGCCGGAGACCAGAAGAGGGAGGCGUUGCAGCAGGGGGGAGCAGAGGGGGGGGGGGCUACAAAACCCCGCAGGCUUGAAGACUGUUGAGAUGGCCGUGAACGAGGACCUGACACACCGGUGCGGCUAGCGGCGGAAAGAAGGCCUUUUCGGACCCCCGAGAUGUGGUCGACUGGAGGCUCGCGGCAGGCGGAUUGCAGCCGUCGACAGAAGCGGCAACGACGCGAGGAACAGCAGAUCUCGGCUCGGAGGAAGUGAAGUGACGGAGGGCAAGGCGCACGACAUGACGUUCUCAUCUCCAGUUUCAAAGGGAAAUCCCGAAGGUCCCCAGGAGGAAUCGCCGCCCGGCCGGGGCCGCAUUUGAGCUCGACCGCGCCUUUGUACCGGAUCCCGCGACUCGGAGCGCACCGCCUUUUUUGGGCAACCACAUGUUGGAAGCCAGUGCGCGCGAGCGUCGCCGGCCAUUCUCGCGCAGCGGCCCCGCGCAAGCCCGGCCCGCAGCAUGCAGUGGAGACGGCGCCAUUGCUGUCCCGUCAAGAUGACGUGGACGGCCAAGCGCUCGCUAUUCCGCACCCAGGUGGCGGGCCUCCUCUCGCUGGCGCUGCUCUUCACCCUCUUUUCCUUUUUGGGCCGCCAGGACCGGCCGCCGGGCCGGGCCGGGCCGCGGGAAAACCCGCUGGCCUACGCCGUCAGGGGUUUCCGUGGCGCCAACCAGAGCGGCGGCGGCUCCCUUCGGGGCCUUUGGCGGGAGGCCAAGCCUCCGCUCAAUCUUAGCUCCCAGCCGGCCGGAGAGGCGGCGGGCGCCCGAACGGCCGCGCCGGCGCUCGGGGACUCGGUGAGCGCCAACAAGACUUUGCAGAAGGAGAUGGACGCCGGAGGGACGCUGAGCGCUCAGCCCUACCGCUACAUCCUCAACCAACCCUUCAAGUGCGGCGACGGCGCGCCCUUCCUCGUCCUGCUCAUCGCCGCCGAGCCGGGCCAGGCCGACGCCCGUCACGCCAUCCGCCGGACGUGGGGCAACGACAGCGUGGCCGGCGGCCUGGGCUUCGUGCGCCUCUUCCUGCUGGGCGUGGGCGCCAAUCCCGACGCCUUCCUCCAGAGCGCCAUCGAGGAGGAGAGCCGCGUCUACCGAGACAUCAUCCAGCAAGACUAUCGGGACACGUAUCACAACCUGACCAUCAAAACCUUGAUGGCCAUGAACUGGGUGGCCACGUACUGCCCGCGCGCCGCCUACGUGAUGAAGACGGACAGCGACAUGUUUGUCAAUACGGAGUAUCUCAUCCAGAAGCUGCUGAAGCCCGAGCUGCCUCCCAGGCGCAGGUACUUCACGGGCUACCUGAUGAGAGGCUACGCGCCCAACCGAAAUCGGGACAGCAAGUGGUACAUGCCGCCGGAGCUGUACCCCAGCGAGCGCUACCCCACCUUCUGCUCGGGCACGGGCUACGUCUUCUCGGGCGACAUGGCGCGGCUCAUCUACCAGGCCUCCCUGGGCAUCCGCAGGCUUCACCUGGAGGACGUCUACGUGGGAAUCUGCCUGGCAAAGUUGCGCAUCGACCCCACUCCGCCCCCCAACGAAUUCCUCUUCAACCACUGGCGGGUGUCCUAUUCCAGUUGCAAGUACAGCCACCUCAUCACGUCGCAUCAGUUCCACCCCAACGAACUGAUCAAGUACUGGAACCACUUGCAGAGUAACAAGCACAACGCCUGCAUCAACGCGGCAAAGGAAAAGAACGGCAGGUACAGGCAGCGGCGGUUCCACGGCGAGCGGCCCCCGUGAUGGCGCCGCCGACGCCGGGACCUUUUUUGACCUCGGCGCAAGUCGCCGCCAAGGAAAAGCACAUUUGUGUCAUUUGUGUCAUUGCUAUUGUGUAUGAUGCCUCGAAGUGUUUGGCUUUCAUUUGGAGACAAAUGUCACGUCUUGUAUCCGUACGGACGUCCGGAUCGGUGACGCGGAGCGUGGGUCCCGACGGCGCGCGCUCAAAGUCGACGCAGUAUUCCGCACGGAUGCAUCGACAACAACAAAAAAAAGCUUCAAAAGUUACCGCCGACGUGUUUACACAGACAAAGGGAAAUGUAUCCGUCUUUUGUUGAAAGUUAUACUACCUAAAUAGCGAUGAAAAUAUCUUUGGCUGGCGUUGACCACUUUUCCGGACCUCUUUCUGUGUUUCUGUCACUUUACGUUCCCGUUCCAAUUCCAAAGCUUUAUCUGCCAUAUCCUGUAUUUUAUCUAAAAAAAAAAAAAAAAGAAGAAGGAAAUAAACGUGAAA